AUGUCAGUGAGCUCGCCACCCUAUCAACAACAAAACAAUACGCAUCAAACCAGCAGCUAUGAAUACCUAUCCGAAUUAGUCUCCAAAAGAUCAGCAACAAUAAAAUACUUGUGUCGAGCCCAUGAAGGAAACACUCAUUGGUUCAACACAAUUCUCCUAACACAACAGGAUCUCGGCGCAAUGUACCCAAAUCAUAAGAUGAUGCGAAGGACAUCAAACUUUUAUACAUUAGGAGUAUCGCUUGGUACAAUUCUUGACAUUACUCAUCCACUCGAUUAUCUAAAGGCAUUGACCCAACUAUUGAGCGAAUUCGAUUUCUAUACGAAUGAUCAUUCGAAGCAAAAGAUGGCAAACGAUGAUAAUGGAGCUGAAGGAACUGAAUAUACACAUUUAAUUGUACCGCAUGUGGUAUGUAGGCGUAUGCCAUAUGAAUUAGAUUACUUUGAGACUUUUUUUACACUCUGUGAUAUUAUGACCGAAGCCUAUGAAAAGUUACUGGUGAACACUGAUAACUCUGUGUGCUCACAGUCUUAUUUUGAGCUGGUUCUCAAGUGUGAUGCAAAAUUUAAGAAGAUUGUAUCUCUAGUUACCAAAGAACUAGACGCGCUCGCUCGAAAUGCUAUCAAAGAAGAGCUCAAACUAAUUGACCCUCUUUCCCAUUCCAAUAAGAUCCCACCCAUUGAUUUUGAAGGCACAGAAGUAUAA